CUGUUCAAUAAUAACGAACAUGGCGGCGAAGUCGGGUAAUCGAAGGCCAAUGGCUUUCAUCUCUCUCCUUCCGCCCUCCAUUUCCUUUGAAAUCGUCAACCGAUCCGCCCUUCUUUCAUUCUAUGUCAAGCAAUUCUGUCCGGAAUUGGAGCUGAUCCAACCAAUGAAUCACAAAUCUCUCCCACAUUUGGAUUCACACCACCAAAUCCGACACUAUUUCAUGUAUAAAUUUGGUUUUUUUCUUCAUCAAUCACAGACCUCAAUCCUCCCCCUCGUAUCUGAUCUUGUCUGGAAGAUCGAGGCUUCGGAGGGCUUGAGGUUUCCAUUGCACUACUUUUUCUUCGUUUCUGGUGUGAUUUUUCUGUUUUCUUCUUCUUUUCCGGAAGUUCUUCCGUCUCGGAUUGAGUCCAUCUUGUAAAACACUCAUUCCUUCAUAAAAUGGCUUUCACUGGAACAUUGGAUAAAUGCAAGGCUUGUAAUAAGACUGUUUAUGUCGUCGAUUUGUUGUCUCUUGAAGGCAAUCCUUACCAUAAGAAUUGCUUCAGAUGCAGCCACUGCAAAGGCACCCUUUCGAUGACCAGCCACUCGUGGAUGGACGGCGUCCUGUAUUGCAAGCCUCAUUUCGAUCAACUCUUUAAGGAAUCUGGAAAUUUCGCGAACUUUCAAUCCAAGUCUGAUAAGAAACCUGAACUGACAAGGACCAACAGCAAACUCUCCGCCAUGUUCUGUGGGACUCAAGAUAGAUGUGCUGCUUGCAGUAAAGUAGUUUAUCCAUUAGAAAAGAUCAGUCUUGAGGGGGAAUGCUACCACAAGAACUGCUUCAGAUGUGCUCAUGGUGGAUGCAAUUUGACACACUCUUCUUAUGCUGCUCUUGAUGGUGUCCUGUACUGCAAACACCAUUUUGCUCAGCUCUUCAUGGUCAAGGGCAACUAUACCCAUGUUCUUCAAGCUGCUGCAAACAAGAAAGCCACCAUGACCCCGGCCGAACAUGCCGAAAAAGAUGGCAAGCCUCAGCCUGAUUCCGAGGACGGCGCAGUUGAGCAAUCUUAAAAUGCUUCUUCUGCUCUUCCAGACUUUGAGAAUUCAUCUCUUAUGAAAAAAAAAAAAAA